AUGGUUAGUUCACCAGCUACAUUACCGAUGAAGCUCGAACAUUAUUACGUGUUCAAUGUCGAUGUUACGAAUCAUACAGUAAGUACUAUCAGCGUUCAAGUGGAGGAUGACAAAGUGUUGCGGGUCGAAGGAUGCCAUUAUAUUCAUUCUGGUACAACUGAAACGAUUUCGAGAUUUGACAUCCCUCCGGAUGCAAACACUGAGUCUACGACAGCAGUACGUCAAAAUGGUCUACUUACUGUUACUAUGUCAAGAUAUAUGGAAAGAAAUGGACCAAAGAAAUGCAGAACUAUUACUAUCAAAACAAUUAGCUAG